CCCAAUUCCUCUCUCUCUCAAUCUCUUUUUCAUAAUCAAUCAAUCUCCGAUCGUCUUUUGAUCGACGAAUCCGUCAUCGGCGACGGAGUCGUGGCCGCUUUGUAAUUUUAUACAUACAGAGGCGACGGAAUCGAUUUGAAUUGAAAUUAAGAAGCGAUGGGGAAGAAGAGAAAAUCUACAGCGACGAGUCUUGAUGAGGUAGAUCGGACUGUGUACGCUUCGUUUCGCACCGCUGCGAACUCUUUAUCUCAGCUUUAUACUCAGUCUAUGAAUCAUCAGAAACUGUCUUUUCAAGCCGGUGAACGCCAUGGUUUGGAAAAGCUGUACCAAUGGAUAUGGAGACAACAAGAAGGAGGGUCAAGAGUGACACCUAUGGAUAUAGUUAAUUACAUUCAGAACGAGCUCGAAUGCUGCACUGACGAGCCCCCAAUGUCCCCAAGAGCCCCACCACCGCAGCCAACAAUGCAUAUCACGCAUUCUGGGCUCAUGGCCUCUUCAGGAACCUCUUGCCCAAUAUCCGUUCCAGUGGCUCGGUCUGAGCACUGUGAGAACCAAGCCAAGAACUCGGUUUUCUCAAACGCUCUUUCAAGCCCAAUACGCCGUAGUCUUCAGAGCUACCAAAUUCCUCAUGGUGGCUACACAUCUGGCGGAACCAGAAGCAGUGAAGUGAACAGAGGGUCUAACUCUCCAGGUUCUAUUGAUUCUUCAAUGGACAUGCAUGCAGAAUAAGAACUGUGAUCAUAAUACAACUCUUGUUUAAUGAUGUUUGAUCUAUAUACAAAAAAAAAAAAACUGGUUUGAUACUUCAUAAUGUAUCAAUUUGAUUCUUAUCUUGGAGGUGUUUUUGUUGGUAAUUUUUGUUUAGAGUUUCUAAAAGGUCAUCACAUGUAAA